AUGGAGAGAUGGAAACAACUUGUGCUACUGCCUUUUGGGUUGUUCUUGGCAAUGUGUAUUCUGGGAGUCAGUGGUAGGGCGUUACCAUCUUGUUAUUUUCCGGCAAUCUACAACUUUGGUGACUCGAACUCCGACACCGGCGGGAUCUCAGCUGCAUUUGAACCCAUUCAGGCACCCUACGGCGAGGGGUUCUUUGGUAAACCAGCUGGAAGGGACUCCGAUGGUCGUCUCAUGAUAGACUUCUUUGCUGAGCACCUAAGGUUGCCAUACGUGACUGCAUACUUGAACUCGCUGGGAACAAGUUUCAGGUACGGUGCAAAUUUUGCCACCGGAGGAUCACCCAUUAGAAGGCCGAAAGGGACCAUUUUCGAGACCAUUUUCGGUUUUGGCCUUAGCCCCUUUUCGCUUGAUAUGCAAACGACUCAGUUCCUGCAAUUCAAAGCUCGAUCGGCUGAUCUAUUUCAAAAAGCCAAUUAUUUUUGUGACAGAAGCAAACUUCCAAAUCCUCAAGACUUUGCAAAGGCACUGUAUACGUUUGAUAUUGGGCAGAAUGAUCUCUCUGCUGGUUUUCGAAAGUUGAGCUUUGAUCAGCUUCGUGCAGAAAUUCCAGACAUGAUAAACCAGCAUGCCGCAGCAGUCCGACUUGUAUACGAACAAGGGGGGAGGGCAUUUUGGAUACACAACGCCGGUCCGAUUGGUUGCUUGCCGGUGGGUUUGUUCUACAAUAUCAAACCGGCACCGAGUGCUCUCGAUGAACACGGCUGUGUUAAGGACCAAAACGAGAUGGCCAUAGAAUUCAACAGGCAGCUCAAGGACAGUGUCAUCAAACUAAGAGCUGAGCUCCCCCAAGCUGCAAUCACAUAUGUAGAUAUCUAUGCUGCCAAGUAUGAACUCAUCAGCAAUGCAAAAAAAGAAGGGUUUAUGGCUCCAAUGAAGGUUUGCUGUGGGUUUCAUAUGGGAAAUGACCAUGUGUGGUGUGGAAACAAAGCAACUGUAAAUGGAACUGAAGUAUUUGGUGGUGCUUGUGGAAAUGCUUCAUCUGUUAUUAGCUGGGAUGGAAUCCACUACACUCAGGCUGCUAAUAAGUGGGUUGCCAAUCGCAUACUUAAUGGUGCCUUGUCCGAUCCACCACUUCCCAUUUCUCAAGCUUGUCAUAGGCGCUAA